AUGAGUGAAGACCACGGUGAUGAGCCUCCUCCCGAACUCGAGAACCAGUUCAUCCUGCGCCUGCCCCCGGAACAGGCUUCCAGGGUCAGGCAGAUCAUACGCUCUGGAAAUGCCGCCAGGAGAGAGAGACUAAAAAUUGACCUAUCUCCCGAUGCACGGCACGCAGUCCUUCAGGUGGAUGACGUUUCCCUGUCCGCCAGAGUCGUUGAUUUGCCUUGUGUCAUCGGAAGCCUGAAAACUCACGACGGGAAAACCUUUUAUAAAACGGCGGAUAUUUCCCAGAUGCUUGUGUGCAGGGCUGAGGGCGAUCCCGACUCUUCUCCAGAAGAACCAGCCGUGUCUGCCGGGGCUACGGCCCUGGGACACCAAGGUGAGACAGGGAACAAAUAUAUUUGGAAGCAUGGCAUUACCCCACCACUGAAGAAUGUCAGAAAGAAACGGUUUCGGAAACCGACAAGAAAGCUCCCGGACGUCAAGCAAAGUGAAGGCUGUGGUGGCUACACUGACUCGAAAGAUGUGGAAAAGGAAGUGAAGAGACUGCUGCGUUCAGAUGCUGAAGCCAUCAGCAGUCGAUGGGAAAUCACUGUUGAUGACGAAACCAAGGCAGUCCAAAGCCCAACUUGUAUUCCAGGGCCUCUGGUACCCACCGAAAUAAGUGGGCAUAGCUCAUCAGAAUGCGCUGUGCCUCAGAACACAUUCCGUGAUUCUAGCCGUCAGGAUGACGAUCAAGAGAAGGAUGAGGAUGAAGAUGAGAAUAAGGAUGAGGAUGAAAAUGAGGAGGAUGGAGAGGAGGAGGAGGAUGAAGAGGAGGAGGAAGAGAAGGAAGAUGAUUCUGAAGAAGAUCUGGAAAGGGAGCUACAAACCAAGUUUAUUGAGUUUAGCUUGUGUGAAGCUAAGGAAGGUCGUAGUUCAAUAGUUUUGGGAAUUCAGAAGCUGAUUCACUACAAGGAGAAAAAGCUUCAGAAGAUUCAGGGCAAAGCACAAAGACAGAAAGAUCUCCUCGGAAAAUUAGAAAACUUGACUCUCAAGAGUCAUUUCCAGUCUGAGCUAGAACAGCUCAAUUUGCAGGAGAAACAGAAGUAUGAGCAGAUCAUUUUUCUACAGGAGCAACUGAAAUAUUUUGUGAAGAAGUGA